GAAAUGCUGCAGUCAGGAUGCCUUGUGGUUUGAGUCCACUGAUCAUGUGCCCUAAGGGGAUGGUGGCAGUGGUGGUGGCCGUGGAUGACGGAGACUGUCAGGCCUUGGCAGGUGUGUCUUUCAGUUCCCCUCACACUGCAGGUUCCUCAAGGAGGAGGGGCUGGAACCCUAGCCCAUCGUCAGGACAAAGAUGCUCAGGCUGCUCUUGGUUCUCAACUUAUUCCCCUCAAUUCAAGCAACAGCCUAGACCAAUUAAAUCAGAAUUUCCAGAAGUGGGAGGACCUGAGCACAGGAAACAAGAUUUUGGUGAAGCAGUCGCCCAUGCUUGAGGCGUAUGACAACGCGGUCAACCUUACCUGCAAGUAUUCCUGCAACCUCUUCUCAAGGCAGUUCCAGGCAUCCCUUCAUAAAGGAGUGGAUAGUGCUGUCCAAGUCUGUGUUGUGCAUGGGAAUUACUCCCAGUUGCUUCAGGUUCACUCAGCAACGGGGUUCAACUGUGAUGGGAAAUUGGGGAAUGAAUCAGUGACAUUCUACCUCCAGAAUUUGUAUGUUAACCAAACAGAUAUUUACUUCUGCAAAAUUGAAAUCAUGUAUCCUCCUCCUUACCUAGACAGCGAGAAGAGCAAUGGAACCAUUAUCCACGUGAAAGGGAAACACCUUUGUCCAGGUCCCUCAUUUUCUGGACCUUCUCAGCCCUUCUGGGCACUGGCAGUGGUUGGUGGAGUCCUGGCUUCCUACAGCUUGCUAGUAACAGUGGCCCUUAGUGUUUUCUGGAUGAGGAGUAGGAGGAGCAGGCUUCUGCACAGUGACUACAUGAACAUGACUCCCCGCCGCCCCGGGCCUACCCGCAGGCACUACCAGCCCUACGCCCCGCCGCGUGACUUCGCAGCCUAUCGCUCCUGACAUGGACGCCUAUCCAGAAGCCAGCCGGCUGGUAGCCCCCAUCUGCUCAACAUCACUGCUCUGGAUAGGAAAUGACCGCCUCAUCUCCAGCCGGCUACUUCAGGCCCCUGUUAGGCCACCAAUGCCGAUUUUUCUUGAGUGAUUAGACCAAAUAUCAAGAUCAUUUUGAGACUCUGAAAUGAAGUAAAAGAGAUUUCCUGUGGCAGGCCAAGUCUUACAGUGCCAUGACCCACAUCCAAACUUACUAUGUAUUUAUUGACUUGACUGAGAAGUUGGGGUAGACAACAAAAAGGGAGUGGAUUCUGGGAGCCUCUUUCCUUUCUCACUCACCUGUACAUCUCAGUCAAGAAAAGUGUAUCCAUGGACAUUUUAGUUGGAGAAGAAAGGCUAGAAAAUCAUUUCUUUUGGUUAAAUAGGUGUUUAGGCUAAAUGGGUGUAAUCUGUGCGUUAGAUGGGGUAAGUUAGAUUGGGGGAGGGAUAGGAAGACAAAUAUUUAAAAAACAUUAAAACACUGUCUCCCACUCGUGAAAUGAGCCACUUAGUUCCUAUUUAAUGCUGUUUUCCUUUUAGUUUAUGAAUUUCCUUUUAGUAUAUCAAUUCUGACCAUAUUUAGUCAUUUUGACCAAAUAAGGGAUUUGAUCAAAGGAGGGAUUCCCUCAAAGCAACAUCAGGUAAACCAACUUGCUUUCCUCACUCCCUGUUUGGGACUUCAGUGUUAAUGUUCACAAGGUACUUUGGAAAGAAUAAAAUAGUUCUCCUACACCAAGAAAGAAUAUGUCAGGAAAUAAGGUCACUUUAUGUCAAAAUUGUUUCAGUACCAUGGGACCUGGUGCAGUGGCUUGCACCUGUAAUCCCAGCACUUUGGGAGGCCGAGGUGGGCAGAUCAGUUGAGGCCAGGACUAGCCUGGUCAAGAUGGUGAAACCCAGUCUAUACUAAAAAUUCAAAAAUUAGCUGGGCCUGGUGGCAGGCACCUGUAAUCCGAGCUACUCAGGAGGCUGAGGCAUGAGAAUUGGUUGAACCUGGGAGGUGGAGGCUGCAGUGAGCCGAGAUCACUCCACUGCACUCCAGGCUGGGCCAUAGAGUGAGAGUCUGGCUCAAACGACGACAACAACAAGAAAACUGCAGAGUUAUUUAAGUACUAUGAAGGAUUAUUUGUCUAAGAGCUCAUUCCAAUCAGAGCAGGCAGAAGCUUUCCUGUUUCAUAUGCUUCAGGAUUGCACAGUUGGUCUCUUUAUUGUUUGUGUGGAGAUCCAAAGUGGGACGCCAAAAGAGCGUCCGUAGGAGAAGUGAGAAAACUGUGACGAAGGGAUGUUAGCAUCCAUUGGAGUGUGAGGGAUGAGUCCCAAGAAGCUUCUUCAGAAGGAGGAAGAACAGAAUGGAAUGAUGAAAUACUUACCAUGUGCUGAGGAGGUGGCCAUCAUUGGGUGACAAUCUUCCAGAAGGUGUCAGGCAGAAGGAGCUUUGGUGAGAGCUCCUUUACAGGGACUUUAUGUGGUUUAGGGUUCAGAGUUCCAAAACUCUGGACUCAGCUGCUCCUGUACAUGGGAGGUCCAUUCACAUGGGAAGGUGUUUUGCAGUGUGUCUUUUGAGAUCAUCAAAGUUCUUAUGGGUCUGGGUAGGGCCUGACCCUGGAAUGACCAUGGAUAUUUUUCUGCCUCCAGUUUGAGUCAACUAGAAUAUGCCUGGGGACCUUGAAGAAUGGCCCUUUGGCAGCCCUCACCAUUUGUUCGUGCUUCAGUUAAUUCAAGUGUUGGAGGAGUUUAGGUUUUAGAGGCACAUAGACUUGGUUCAAGUCUUGUAACUAGUUGAAUAGCCUCAGGCAAGUCACUGCCCACCUAAGAUGAUAGUUCUUCAACUAUAAAAUGGAGAUAAUGGUCACAAAUGUCUCUUCCUAGACUAUAAUCUCCAUGAGGGCAUGGCCCAAGUCUGUCUUUGUUUCUGCCUGUCCCUGACAUUUAGUAGCAUGCCUAACAUAUAAUGUUAGCUACUGGCAUUAUUGCCAUAUAGAUAAAUUAUGUUUAAAAAUUAAACAGGGGAAUAGCCUAAGAAAAGGGGAAUAUUGCAACGCAAAUUUAAACCCACUACGCAGGGAUGAGGUGCUAUAAUAUGAGGGUCUCUUAACUUCCAUCAUUUUCCUGUUUCUUGAAAUAGUUUAUUUUGUAAUGAAAUAUAGGGCACCCCUGACUUUUAUGUAUAGAAAGAGGUCUUUAAUUUUUUUUUCAUUGUGGGAAGGAGGGGUGGAGUAGGAAUCUUGAGAUUCCAGAUAGAAAAUACUGUACUUUGGUUGAUUUUUUAAAUGGGCUUCCCUUUCAUUAAUUUAAUCAGUCCCAAGAAGAUCAAACCCAGCAGCACUUGGGUGAUGAAGAACUGUUGAAUUUACCCUGGCACCUGUGCCACUUGCCAACUUCUUGGGCACACAGAGUUCUUCAAUCCAAGUUAUCAGAUUGUAUUUGAAAAUGACAGAGCUGCAGAGUGUUUAGAAAUGGCAGUGCAAAUAUAUAAAUGCAUUUUUUUUAAUGGAAAGACUUGAUCAAUGGUAAUAAAUGAUUUUGUUUUCUGACUGGAAAAGUAGGCCUACUAAAGAUGAAUCACACUUGAGAUGUUUCUUACUCACUCUGCACAGAAACAGAGAAGAAAUGUUAUAUAGGGAAGUCCGUUUUCACUAUUAGUAUGAACCAAGACAUGAUUUAAAAACAGUGGUUGGAGCAACGCUUUUAUAGUUUCAGAUAUGGUAGUUAUGAAGAAAACAAUGUCAUUUGCUGCUAUUAUUGUAAGAGUCUUAUAAAUUAAUGGUAUUCCUGUAAUUUUUGAUUGUGAGCUCACCUAUUUGGGCUAAGCAUGCCAAUUUAAAGAGACCAAGUGUACAUUAUGUUCUAUAUAUUCAGUGAUAAAAUUACUAAACUACUAUAUGACUUUUAAAUUUGUACUUUAAUAUUGUCUUUCAGUAUUAAGAAAAAUAUGCUUUCAGACUAGAUAUGCUUCGCUUUGACAAUCUGGAGAGAACUUGCUAUUUAAAAGAACUGUGGGGUAAAUCCUUGUAUAAAUCUCCUGUUUAGCCUUUUUUUAAAAAGCUAGACUUUCUGGUUUGUUUGCUUCACUUCAGUGAAGUGGGUACAUUUCUGGUUUGUUUGCUUCACUUCAGUCACAAUUUCCUAUCAGACCAAUGGUUGACCUCUUUGAGAUAUCAGGCUAGGCUUACCUAUGUAUUCUGUGUGAUGUGAAUGCUCUCAAGUUUGAGAGAGAUCCAACUUCAGCCUUGACCUCAUCAGUCCCUCAGGUUAACUAACUGAGCCACCAGUCCUCAUGGCUAUUCUAAUGAGGCUGUUGAUGGUCGAAUGGAUGUCUCAUCCCUCAUCCCAGCCAUCUGCACUGCCAGAUGGGAACUCUACCAGACCUGGAUACUGACCCCAAAGUGUUAAAUUCAACUACAUGCUGGAGAUUGGAGAUGGUGCCAAUAAUGGACCCAGAGCCAGGAUCAUGACUGCCAUAGACUUAUUACUAACCCAGAUCAAAGACACUGACAUAGACUCUCUCAAGAUCUGGGGUGAGGGAGUCUGUUUUCUGGAAAGCCAUUUGAAACUCAGGAAGUCUCUCUUUCCUAUAUGCGUACUUUCUGAAAUAUCCCUACUCAAACAUCACAGGCAUGUUCCUACCUCAGGACCUUAACACGUCCUAUUUCCUCUGUCUGGAAUACCCUUUGGUAGAUGACCUGGCUUGCUCCGUCACCCUUCAGGUCUUUGCUCAAGUGUCAUCUUCUCCCCUAGAUAAACUCCCCAACACCCUGUCCGCUUCCCUUAUUUUUCGCCAUAGCAUUUUACCAUCUCUUACAUCAGACAUUUUACUUAUUUAUUAUGGUUUAUAAGCUCCAUGAGGGAAAUAACUUUGCCUUGUUUCUUGCUGUAUUUCCAGUGCCCAGAGCAGUGCCUGGCAUAUAAUAAAUAUUUAUUGACUGAGUGAAUGAGUUUUACAUGGCCUUAUGAAUUAACGAUCAGUCUAAAGUUUAUAAUCAUGCUUUGAGAGGGAGAGAGCCAGUUCUAUUUUCUACUUUCCUGUUAAGAAGUUUAAAAACAUUUUAUUAAAAAAACAGGAGGUAAAAAUAUACAUAUAGCCAAAUCUGGUGAAAGAAAAUCUGAUGAAUGUAAAUUCAUUUACAUUUUAGAAAUUUUUGUGCAGUGAGGAAAACCAAUACCGUUAGAAAAGUAAUGCCAACUAAGUCACUGUCAGGAAUAAGUUGAUUUUCCAUUGAAGUCCCAGAUUCCCUCUUAAUGGAGUACUGGCUGUGUUUUAAACAUAUCUUUAGUUUAAGACUUCUGAAAAGUUGUCUUUGUAGUUGAAAUCCCAUCCUACUACUGACCUGCUGCUCUUUUUUUCUGAGGUGAUUUUACUCCCAACAAAUUCUGUAAAUGCCUUCUCUGGCUUUGAUUCAAAAAGAACUCAAAAUGGAAAUGCUGGGAACAGAAAAUUCAGCUUCUUCACCUGUCAUGCUCAUAUCAUAGCUGAACACUCUAAUAGCACACACACACACGCACAUGCACACGCACACGCACAGCAUCUUGUGGGUAGGGGAAGGGAAAGGCACUUAAACAACUGACACAAGAGCUGGUCUAAUAAUUCACGUAGCAUCUUCUGUUUCCUUUGUUGUACAUUUUACUCUGAAGGUGACCCAGAGUCAAUUAAAUGGGUGUGCAAUGUUCAUCUCCCAACUGAUUCUUUUCUUUGUUGAAAUGAAGCUUAUUAAACUCAAUAAAGGUAAUUAAACUUGAAAAAAA